UUAGUGUGGUUUACAGGAGGACAACACGAUAUAACAUAUAUCUGUAAUAUCUGUGUAGCUAGGCUAGGAUUACUCACAACCUUGUCACGAUGUGGAACAUCGUGUGGGUUGCCAUGGCAGCGUUCCUGUUGACGGGACCCGGAUGUACGACUGGGGACAGCUUCAAGGAACUUGGUACAGACGAUAUUCUGCUCCUGAAUGUUGCCGUCAAGGGUCGACUCGUAGAGCGUCUCACUGACUCCGUCACACGCCUGGAGUCUGCGCGGGUAAAGAUGGUGGAUUUCGUCAAAGCCUGCUUUUACAACGCCACCUCCAAGACAGACGCGUGUCAGCUGUGUGUCACGGAAGCUUGCGAGAAGCGCGCCAUGGAGUGUAGUCUUGAUGUGGCAGCGAUAGAGACGAUUUCUGUCCAGACGAAACCUGAUCGCAUCCCAGAACAGCAGAUCCCGGGGGUACAGUUCCUGACGUCACCAUUUCCAGUUGAAAUGGGUCUGGAAGGAUUCACAAAGAACGCCGAGGAGGAUAUCCUAGAGAACGUACCAUCGGCGCUCCGCUCUCAGGGGAAACAACUCUUACAGAAAGCAGAGGGCAAACUCCAACAACUUCAGGAAAACCUGAAGAAUUCCGUCCAAGAGCUCCCAGGACUAAUUCCACGCAUGCGUGGAGCUAUCGAGAGUGUGAGCACCGAUAUUGACGUAGAGUCAUUAAUGGGCGUGGCUGACAAAGCGGCAGACUCGAUAUCACACGUGAUCACAGACAAGAACGUGAACCUGGCCGUGACGUCCGUCAUGGAACAGAUGCCGACAAUAGUGACCCAGAUGAAUAAAAAGAUGCAGCAGCUGACAUCAGUAAUGAGCAGCUUUGUCUCUAACGCUGUGGAUCAUCUCGGAGAGCUGAUGAAUACUCCCAUCCCAGUACCAGUCCGGAGCUGGGUAGAUAGCCCGGAUGGCCAAAUAAAUGCAUCAGAGGACAUGGCGGAGCCAAGCUCAACGUCACAGCGCCCGCGCAGUAGAUGGGUUGUAAAACACUUCCGGUUGGGCGGGAGUUCCAGUGGAAGUGCUCAGGGCAUCUUUCUCAGCAGUGGCGGAUUCACAAGGCUGAAGAGGAGUGCGGUGGAUUGUAAGGACGUGUCACAUGACCCACAGGAGGCGUGUAAAGCAUUCCACUUCCAGUGCGCAGCGUGUAUGGACAAUACCGCCAUCCUAAAAGAAUCGUGCGGGAAAGACUCUAUGCGGAUGAUGCUUGCUAUCAAGCGAGUGGAUAUGAAGGCUGCGGACUAUCUGAUGACGUACUCAAAACACAUCAAAACCGGAAUUAUAGUCCUAAAGGUUAAAUAUGACGAAAACAAUUUCGAUCCUCGGACGUCCACGUACAAAAAUGCUUACGUCACAGCAAAGGUUCGGGACGAAGUCGUCACAUACAAAACAUCAUCCUUGCCAAAUCUCGCCGACUUAUCAACGUCUGGCGGCGAGAUCGGAGACGAGAUUUGGAUGAUACUAGACGAAGAUGAACACACUACAGACGGUGUUAGCAAGAAAUUAGACAAGGUCGCACACGACAGCGGAAGUCAUGAUCAUGUGACAAUGGGUCUUAAGCAUUAUGGGACAUCGGAUGCGUCCACAAACAGUGUAGUGUGGGGUGUGGUUGGUUUUAUAAUGUAUCUUGGGUUAGUAGCUCUUUAACGUUUUUGACAGAUACAACUACAUCUGUACCUGUAUAAUGUCGCAAAGAGGAUUUAUAUGACAGUUUGUACACCUAUGGCCUUAGUCGGCCUCUUCUCGUACAUAAAAAGACCCAUGGAUUUCAACUUUUUGUUACAUCUGGCAUUUUCUUUCGUGAGACAAUCAUUACAGUUAAUCAAAAUAUGAUUGUCAACUUCACAUACUUCAACUUAUCAAUACAAGUCAUCGGUGCAAUUGAAUUAUUUUGGCUAAUGAACUUGACACAUUCGAAAGGGGCCAGAUUUCCGGAAACACGAAACAGAAUGGAUAUUGCAUUAGAACUAUAAGUGAUACAAAGCCAUAUUAUUGUGAUAAGUAUAGUGGCAACGGCAAACACAAUGUCUGCUUACAUUGGACUCAAAACGUUCAUUCAUUCUCUCUACGGUCAUGGCAAAAGAGGGCGCGCAUGGUGCAAGCACGUGAUACGUGUACAUACCUGAGGAGUUGUAUCAAAAUACGUAUUGCUACAGUGUAAUAUCGUUACAAACUGACUGCUUCAAACAUGUCUUUUCUAUGAUUUCGAUGCCGUAUACAUGUUUUCAUCUGCAACAAAGACAAUGCUAACACAUAGAGCGUUGCUACACAGUAAGGGCGGGAGUUGCAUUCUAUGUCUGUGUAAACGAACACGAACGUUUUGGUGCAGUUAUUAUUAUUUAAUUUCUUUCUUUCCUUUUUUAGCUCACCUGGCACGAAGUGCCAAGUGAGCUUAUGCC